AUGGCUACAACAAUAUACGCGUCCCACCACCCACAACCCUCGGACAACGAACUCGAAUACACCGCCCCGGCAAAUCCCACCAUCACAAACGACGUCCUCAACCUCUCCGUCCUCCAGCGGCACCUGCCCUCCACCGUCUCCAUAGAUUUCCUAGCACCCUACUCCGUCGUUUACAUCUUCAGCACUACUACUCAAGCCUGGGAGAAAAGUGGCAUCGAGGGCACACUAUUCGUUGUAAAGCUACGGGACGAAGGGCAUGCGGUCGUAGUGCUCAACCGCCGCGGUUUGGAUAACUUCAUACUACACCUGAAAAGUGCAGAGGAGGUCGAUGUGACGGACGAAUACAUUAUUUUGCAAGGGAAUAGCGCGGAUAACCUGGGCCAUGGGAAUGCAGACGAGCAGAAGGUGUAUGGACUCUGGAUCUUUGAGGAGGAACAGGGCAGUACGAAGGGGGUGAGGGAGGCUUGUGGGAGGUGCAUUGUCGAGCGUGCGGAGAGAGCUGGGAAUGAGUGGGGGACCAGGGCUGUUGACGGGCAGUCGAAAGGUUACGCGCAACAGCAGUCCAACGUUGGGGCUCCAAAUGGUCCGGAUUUGAUGGCGCUGCUCAACUUGUCCAGGGGACAAGGUUCAAAUAAUAUGCCAGCCGUACAGCAGCCAGGUUCGAAUCAAGAUCAGGGCGUUUUGGGGAACUUAUUCAGAAGCGCUGGAGCAAAUUUGUAA